AUGGCCUCUACCACCUCCUCUGGCCCAAUGCCGUCCAACACUGCCCUCUGCGGCACCCCUACGCAGUAUGACCUCCCAAUCAGUGACGUCGCCUGCGGUGUCCCAAACCAAAAGAACAACCGCGACCUCAUGAAGAUGUGCUGCAACGGCGCUCCUGUCGUUGCCUACGAUAACGGCUGCGCUUUGUACUGUCUAGCAUACAAGCAGAGCGCUAAGGACCUCACAUCCUGCCUCUUCGAUAAAAAGAUCCCUUACCACGAGGCUUGGUGCAACAGCAAAAACGUGAACGAGACUGCCACCCAGACCAGCCUCCCCAGCGAGACUGGCUCUCCCAGCGGGUCGUCCUCUCCAACCUCCGCGACCGGGACUGGCGCUCCAAAACCUACUGGCAACUCUGCUCCUGCCGCUCGUUUCAGCACCGCUUUCGCCGUCAUCUUUACUGUCGGCAUUGUUGUUGGCAUCAUGGUGUAA